AUGAAGAAGGUGGAUAAGGAAUACGUGGAUAGUGAGUUAAUGAAGAAAGCAGAUAAGGAAUACGUUAAUACUGAAUUAAAUAAGAAGGUAGAUAAGGAAUACGUUAAUACUGAAUUAAUGAAGAAAGCAGAUUUAGUUUAUGUUAAUACUGAAUUAAAUAAGAAAGCAGAUUUAGUUUAUGUAAAUACUGAAUUAAAUAAGAAGGCAAAUUUGGUUUAUGUUGAUGAAAAAGAUAAUGAAAUUAAAGAAAAGGUUGAAUUGUAUCAUGAAUGGACAUUGGAGACUUUUAAAGUUAAAGCUGAUACAGAAUGGGUUUCAGGAUGUUUAGACCUUAAAGCAGAUAAAACUUAUGUUAAUGAUGAAUUAGAGAAGAAAGCAGAUAAAACAUAUGUUAACAAUGAGUUAGAGAAGAAAGCAGAUAAGGAAAAAGUUAUUUCAUUCAUUAAUACUGAGUUAGCAAAGAAAGCUGAUAUAUCAUUUGUUAAUGAAGAAAUAAAACAAUCAGAG